AUGUGCCCUAAACCCAAACACUUAAAGCAUUUAAUAUCUCUAUUUCAUGAAAAUCUCCAUAUAGGAUUUCAGAAGCACACAAUCCAUGGUAACCUCAAGUCAAAAAACAUACUUUUGGAUCGUAAUUACCAUCCUUACAUCUCUGACUUCAGCCCUCAUCUUCUGUUGUAUGCUACUGCUAGCCAAGAAAUGCUUGAAGCAGCUGAGAGUUACAAGGCUCUAGAGCUUAUCAAAGUGAAAGAUGCGAGCAAAGAGACUGAUAUAUACAGCCUUGGGGUGAUCUUACUUGAACUAAUUUCAGGGAUAGAGCCUAUCAAUGAGAACCCAACUCCAGAGAUUAAGAAACUAUCAAUCCCUCAGUACAGUAAGAAGAUGUUAAGGGAUGUUCUUGCAGAGAUAAUCAUCACUAAUGAGAUGCCUUUUACCACGGUUGACAAGGCAUGCUUCUACAAAUUUGUGCAUACUUUAGAGCCACGAUUUCCCAUGCCAAGGAGAAGGUAG